AGAAGGAGAGAGACGAAUUUCAGGCUCUGGGAUCCUCUUGUCGAGCCAAUGGCGAGUGACCCUCCCCCUCCUUACCCCGGGGGCCCAUCGGCCCCACUGCUGGAGGACAAACAUGGGUCUCCCAGAAUGGAAGAGCCCAGACCUGCUCCAUACCCACAAGCCAUGGCAUUUGCACCCCCAGAUUGUGGCCCCCCUCCAUAUGAUGCCAACCCCGGAUACAUUGCUCCAAAUCCAGGUUUUUACCCUCCUCCUGGGCCUUAUGUACCAAUGGGCUAUUACCCACCAUCACCGAGCCAGUUCCAGCCUCCAUACCCAUCGCAGUACUCCUCUCCUGGGGCACAGGGCACCGCAGUAAUUGUACCACCAGGGCCCACUUCUACCUCCGGCACUACCACCGUCACCUCCAACACCACCACAGUUACUGUGCUGCAUGGGGAGAUCUUCCAGGGGUCCCCGGUACAGACUGUGUGUCAGCACUGCCAGCAGCCAAUCACCACUAAGAUCUCCCAUGAGAUCGGCCUCAUGAACUUCCUGCUCUGCUGCUUCUGCUGCUUUGUGGGGUGUGACCUGGGUUGUUGCCUCAUUCCGUGUAUAAUUAAUGACCUGAAGGAUGUGACGCACACCUGUCCCAACUGCAAGGCUGUUAUUUAUACCUACAGGAGGAUGUGCUAAGGACAUCAUUUCAUCUCUCCGUCCAUGGAGAUGCUGGGCAUCUAACCUUCCACACACUGGGAACUCAACCCACCAGGUUAUCUGAAAGGGCAUUUCUUUAUGAAGCACAUUUUAGGCAGGCAACCUGGCAUCCCAUUAUAUGGGGGCCUGUGUAAGCUGAAUGCGGGGUGGGGGGAGGCUGCAAUGAGGCCUCUAUGAAGAACUUGUCCCAUCAGCACAGGGAAUGUCUCAAGGUUCUGGUGCCCAUUAUUACUGGCUCAGGAGAUUGUGCCAUUUCAUGUUAACCCUUUCACAGCAGCCCAGGAACAUAACAGCACAGUCUGCUGUUAGGGGAUAAAACGUUGCAUGGAAUCUUCCAGCUAGUGUCUUUAUGCCCCCCCCCACAUUAGUUUUCCCUGCAGUGUUUGCACCCCAUGCCACCCUUACCCUGUGCCUACAAGAAGUUUUCUGAUUGGCUUGUGCUGCUCCCCUGCCAUUUUUCUCCUGUUAUGAUGUGUGGAAUGUUCCAUUUGCUGCCACUUUGAGAGGAAACCUGUGAAUAAACUCCUCAGACUGUAUAUAAUAA